AUGAACAACCUUCCCGAUUCAUCGUCUUUUAACUCUCAUCCCUCAAAUGUUCGUUACUCCCCGCCUCUUCGUUUUGCCUCUCAAGGGGUUAAAAAAAGAAAGGCAGAUGAGCAGGAUGAUGGACGGUCCGGUAUGCACGACGACAACCGUUAUUCAGAAGAUAAUCUCCCUCGUUCGCCCGGCACCUCUCAGCGCAUGAUCAGUAAGCGCCAACGCAGCGACGUUACCGGUCGACCUCUACCACUCACCCGCCUGCUUGAAACGGUCGACUCCCACACCUUAAAAUCGAUGCUACAAACCAUUUGUGAUCGACACCCAGGGCUUACCACAGAGGUUUUAUCAUUGGCUCCACGGCCUACGGUAAACUCAGCUCUAUCGACUUUGAAUUAUGCGUUCAAUCGUGUCCGACCUGCACUUAAUGAGCUUCUCGACGCACUUUCCGACUACACUCCUCACUUUCUCCCUCCAAAUGAGUCACAAGCCGCUACAAGCUUGACGUUUUUGGAUGAAGCAACCCACAUCAUUCACCGCCUACCCAACUGGGACAAUCCGCUUCACAAUCAUUCGAAAAAUAUGGCCUACGAAGAGAUUACAAAGGCGUGGGUUCGCAAGGGAGGAUGCAAUCUGCUCUGCGGACGGAACUUCAAUAUGCAUUCUGCGGGUGUUCAAGUCCCUGUCCGUAGUUGGUAG